AUGGUGAAUAUCAGCUCCGUGAGUUUGCAUUUACAUUUAGCGGGUCCACAAUUUACAAACACGCUCAACUUUGCGGGCAUGUCUGGAAAUCGGCCAACAUUUGGUUCGAACAGGAAACUCAAACGACGGAUUUUGCAGUUAGAUGUUGCGGUGUAAAGUUCACGGUGUAUCAGUGGCUUAGAUAAUUACCAUAAAGUUCACCAUACAUUUUUAAACGUCCCGAAACCAAUUUUUUUAAAACGAAACAUCCAUAACCUUGAAAGCGGUGAUGAAUUCAAUAGAUUUGUCUUCAUAUCAGCACCAGACAUUUGACAAUGCAAAAUUUCUAUCAUACUGCGUAGAUUACGGCAGAAAAAUCGCAAUUCUAAUUGGUAGAUGUCCCUCUGCAAUGCAACGGUUUUUCGACAAACGUGAAGAAAACUUAUCGCCAAUUUCUAGAGCUCUUCUAAAAUCGCUCAUUUUGCCGAAAUUCAUAAUUUUUUGUGCGAAAAUUACUGUACUAAUUACCGGGCGGGCGCACACUUGCGGGCAAUCACUUUUCGGGCAACCAGUUUGCGGGCAAUUUUUUUGCUGGCAGCCGACAUUUGCGGCCAGCACCGGCAUUUGCGGGCAGCCUGGGACAUUUGCGGGCAGGGUCGACAGUUGCGGGCAGCCUGGAAGAUUUGCGGGCAGCCGACAUUUGCGGGCAACCGACACCUGAUUGUGAGGGUAACAGGGUGAAGGGGGAAAAAUUACUAUGAUAUUUUGGAAAUUUGCCGACAUUUGCGGGCAGCCGACAUUUGCGGGCAACCGACAUUUGCGGGCAACAGUUCCAAAAGUUCCUAUACAGUCUGUGUGGUUGUUUUUUCCUGUUGCCCGCAAGUGUCGGCUGCCCACAAAUGUCGGCAAAUUUCCAAAAUAUCGCAGUAAUAUUUCCACCUCCACCCUGUUACCCUCAGGUGCCGGUUGCCCGCAAAUGUCGGCUGCCCGCAAGUGUCCCAGCUGCGCGCAAAUGUUUCAGCUGCCUGCAAAUUUGACCCCCCAAAUUUUGCCCGCAAAGUGAUUGCCCGCAAGUGUCGCGACGCCGAAUUACCGGUGUCUUGCCGACUUUACUAUUUGUGGAUACGUUUAAAAGGGCUCCCUAGAUCUUAAUUUGCGCUACGAUGCAUCAUCGCGAUGCCUUCAAAGCCGUGAAAGCGAUGUUCAAAUCCAGUUUUUCGGCCCUUUAUUGCUAUGGGUCUACGGUUCCACUUCAAUGGCCCUGUAUUUUACAUAGCUUUUAAAUUGUAGCAUAGCAACGUUUCAGGCCCCUCUCAGCCCGUACCUUGAAGUCUACCGCGCAAACCACACAAUUGCCGCCACCACCGGCUUCGUUUUGAACUUGUUUCUGUUCGUGGUGAUCCGGGAAUGCACCCGCAACUCAACGCAGCCGGCCAAAGUCCUGCUCAUGGUCUCCACGGCGCACGAUCUUUGGUACUGCGCGUUUGAACUCUUUCUGCGGAGGGUAGGUCGUCUUUGCAAAGUAACCCACUCAAAUACAAUGCUAAUUACAGAAAUAAAAGUGUGAAUUUGCAGAGAAUUGAGUUUAAAACGCAAAAAAUGUAUUUUUUGGAAGCAAAGAGUGAUUUAGGACAGAAAUUGGAUUUUGAGAUUUUUUAUUCGAAUUUUAAAAGAAAGUAAAGGCAAAAUUUGUAAUUUUAGCUUUUGUGUCAUUCAUAUUCUUCGUAGAAGAUACGGGGAUGUUGUUUUUUAUCAAUAAUCAUGCAUAUUUGUUAUUAAAAAAUUGAAUUUUUAUGCUAAUUUAUGCAAAUUUCCGAUUAAAAGAAAUUUUUUAAUCAAUCUGUCGCAUGAAAAGUCGCCUCUAGAAAUUCAUUAUACGACAGUUAAAAAUAAUUUUUUGGCCAUGCAAAUUUUCAUUCCAAAAAUUUUUUUUAUUUAAAUUUAUGCAAAUUUUUGAACAAUUUUAAUUUUUUGUCACCUAAAAAUCAAAAAAAAAAUCCAAAAGAUCGUGUUUUAAAAUAUGCAAAUUUCUUGGUAAAAUUUAAUUUAUGCAAAUUUUAUAAAAAUAAAAUUCAAAAAAAAUUUACUUUUCAGGUGAUAUACCAAACCGACGGAAUAAUGUACGUAUUAGCGUUUGGUUGGGACGCUCACUUCAGCAGCUAUUUCAAUUAUCUCUUGGGAAUCAUCCACUUCUUCAACAUGACGCAAAACAUGAUGGUGCAGACCGUAAUCCACAGGUUUCGUUAUCACAUUGUGUGCUCCACAACCCCGCCAGAUUACCGCUUUCUCUUCCGCAAUCUGCUAAUGUUUGCUCUGCCUUCCCUGUACCUGAGCCUCUCGCUGAAAGUGGCGUUGAUUUCGGGCACUGAGAAGUCGUACGACAGCGCGAUGACACAGUUGCCAGAGGAGUGGCGACUGGUCGACGGGUCUUCGAAUGUGGUGGAAGUGGCGUUGUGGGAUGACAAAUGGACGAAAAUCUUCGUGCUCAACAACUGUUUGGUGGCAGGAGUCGCGUAUCAUAUGUGCUUGCAUUAUAUACGGAUGUGUUAUAGCAGCAUCAAUAGGACGCAAUUGUCAUCGUCGGUUUCGAGCAAAACCAUAGAUCAUCGAGGCCAGUUCAAUCGAUGUUUGGUGGCACAGGUAAAAAGACUAAAAAAAGGAACUUCUACAACAAAUUGGCAAACAAAAAAUAUUAACAAAAAAAUGAAAAAUUUUUUAAAACUCUAAAAAAUUCGUCCAUUAAAAAAAAGUACAUAUAUCUCUUUUUCAGACUGUCUGUAUGACUAUCCUAAUCAUAAUUCCCUCCGCUCUAUGGUGUCUCAAUUUCAUCACCAAGGCUCACGGCCUCUACCUUGGCCUUCCAUCCAUGAUUUGUCUCUCUUGGUUUGGCGCCAUCAACGCGUCAAUCCCGUUGGUCUACGUGAAAACUGUCCGUCGAUGCGCGUUGGACAUUUUGUUCUGCAGAAGACGGAACGCGCCGGAUCUGUCUACCAUGAGUAAAGUUGACGAGACCAACUCGAAAAGCGACAGAAAGCACUAA